AUGGUAGAGCUCCAAGAGGCCACUGUGUACUGGGAUGCUGCCCAGAAGAGUGUGAUCCUGAAGGAGGAGGUGAUGGAGACAGAUGGGGGAGCCUACGGUUACUUCAACGAUUCUCUGCUCCUCUCUGGAUGGGGUGUCUUGGAAAUCUGCGCAGGUUAUGGGGGAAUCUCACAGGAAGACGAGACCACCUUCUUCCUGGCUGGGUACCUGGAAGGUUACCUCACUGCUGGACAGAUGUUUAAUCACUACUCCAACAUGUACCCUCAGCUGAUAAAGGAUCAGAAGGUUUUGAAUCCCCUGAAAAAGUUUUUGAGCAAACAGGACCAGUGGGCCAAGGAGCAGGUGAAACUGAGGAGAAACAGCGACCCCCUGUGGAAGCAUCUGGGACUGAUCCUGGCCCAGCUGGACGGACUCCACGCCGGAGCUGCACAGUGGGCCAAAAGCAAACACAGAGAGCCUCUGUCAGCGUUUGCAGUCCAGUUUCUGAACGGCGUCGGUGACCUCCUGGACCUCGUCCCAGCCCUGACACCUCGCUCCAACUUCUCCACAGGGACCGGCACUUUCAGGAUGCCAGGAAUGGGCCACUGCACUGCUCUCAUAAAGGUGCUGCCAGGCUUUGAGAACCUGCUGUUUGGCCACUCUAGCUGGUACACUUAUGCAGCCACCAUGCGCAUCUAUAAACACUGGGACUUCAGGGUGUUUGACACACACACCGCCACUGGAAAGAUGUCGUUCAGCAGCUACCCUGGCUUCCUCAUGUCUCUGGAUGACUUCUACCUGCUUGGGAGUGGCCUGCUGAUGACUCAGACCUCCAUCGGUGUCUUCAAUACCUCUCUGUUCUCCCAGCUCAGCCCUCACAGCCUGCUGGCCUGGCACAGAGUCCGCCUGGCCAACAGUAUGGCACGCAGCGGAGAGGAGUGGGCGCACGUUUUCUCCAGAUACAACUCAGGUACAUAUAACAGCCAGUACAUGGUGGUGGACCUGAGCAGGGUCUCUCUGGGUCACAGCAUCAGGGACGGAGCUCUAACCGUGGUGGAGCAGAUUCCUGGGAAGGUGAUGCACUCUGAUCAGACUCCAGCUUUACGCAGAGGUUAUUGGCCGUCCUACAACAUACCGUUUCAUGUUGACAUCUACAACCUGACUGGGUACGAUGUGAUGUGGAAGAGAUACGGAGUAGACUUUUCCUAUGACCUCUGUCCUCGAGCUAAAAUCCUCCGCAGGGACCAGGCCAAGGUCUCUAACCUCAACUCCCUCAAACACAUCAUGAGAUACAACAACUACAGGAGAGACCCCUACUCCAAGGGCCAUCCGUGUAAAACCAUCUGUUGCCGUAACGACCUGAGACCAAGGAGACCACACCCGGGAGGUUGCUAUGACACUAAGGUGACCGAUUACCAGAUGGCUCUGCAGCUGGUCGCAGAGGCAAUAAACGGCCCCACGACGCAAGGGGGUCUGCGGCCGUUCUCAUGGCAACCCUUCAACCUCACGACUCAUCGGGGUCUCCCGCACACCUACAACUUUCCCUUCGUCACCAUGAGGCCCUCACUACGCCGACCCUGA